AUGAACCACAGGUCAUUAUAUUUUGCUAAGAUUCUUAACACAGAGAAUCUUGUGCAGGAACUGCUAGCUGAUCCAGAAAACUACAGGGUGAUUUUUGUUCAAGGAGGUGGGUCUGGCCAGUGCAGUGCUGUCCCCUUAAACCUGAUAGACCUGAAAGCAGGAAGGUGUGCCGACAGCGUGGUGACAGGAGCUUGGUCAUCUAAAGCAGCAGAAGAAGCCAAGGAGUUUGGAACUGUGAAUAUCGUCCACCCAACACUCGGGAGUUACACAGAAAUCCUGGACCCAAGUACCUGGACUCUCAGCCCAAACUCCUCCUAUGUAUAUUAUUGCACCAAGGAGACCAUGCACGGCGUGGAGUUUAACUUUAUCCCUGAUGUUGUGGGAGCAGUGCUGGUUUGCGACAUGUCCUCAAACUUCCCAUCCAAGCCACUGGAUGUUUCCAAGUUCCAUGUGAUUUUUGCUGGUGCGCAGAAGAACGUUGGUUCUGCAGGGGUCACACUGGUCAUCAUCCACGAUGACCUGCUAGGGUUCGCCCUCAGAGAGCGCCCCACCAUCCUAGAGUACAAAGUGCAGGCCCGCAACAGCUCCUUGUACUACACACCUCCCUGCUUCAGCAUCUACGUCAUGGGCUUGGCUCUGGAAUGGGUUAAGAACAACGGCGGUGCAGCAGCCAUGGAAAAGCUUAGCUCCAGCAAAUCGCAAAUGAUUUAUGAUAUUAUUGAUAAUUCUCAAGGAUUCUAUGUAUGGCAUAGGUCUGUGGGAGGCAUCCAGGCGCCUCUGUAUAAUGCCGUCAAAUCAAGGAUAUUCAGGAGCUGGCUACCUUCAUAA